GUGGUCCACUUCAUUGUGUAAUUAAUAUCACUCAACGCAUCACCAUGAUCGCGAUUGCAGUCUUAUUAAUCAUUGCCGGCCUAGGAGAAUGCCAGAAGGGUCAUUAUAUCCGACCAUUACCAGAGUAUCGUAUGCCGUAUCGUGUUCCCGUUUUCCAGGAAGUUUCUUACUCACCUAGAGUGUUAAGACCUGUCUAUGUUCAAUCCCAAACUGAACCGAGGGGAAGAGGAUUGAGUCGGUCUCAGAAUCUCGACACGGUGCAGAAGGCAGAUGUGAAAACGGAAAAGCCUUUGGAGUCGGCCUAUCCAAUCCUCUCCUAUACCAACGAAAUGGCAAAUGACGGAACAUACUCAUAUAAAUACGAAACGGCCGAUGGAAUCAUGAGAGAAGAAAGUUCAGUCAUUGAGAUUUCCGACGAGGGAAAACAGGUUAAGAAAGUCACGGGCAGUUAUUCUUACCCUUCUCCAGAUGGACGGAUGAUCAGAGUCGAGUACGUAGCUGACGAAGAAGGAUUCAGAUCAAACCAAAUAUCAGAGGAUAACUACAGUACUUACAGAAGACUCGGCUCGAACGGAUUCUCCUACUCUUUCCGAGCACCCUGAUCAAGAUUUUUAAUGCAUGAAAGAUUUCUGCAUUGUGUAACAUCUAUUUCUGGUCAAACAAAGUAGAAUGAUAUUUAAUCUUUUGAAUAGUUUGAUUAAAAAUAAAUAUUAUUUAUUAAAAAAGGUUAGUUUUCAGUACGUUUAUUUCGUCCCAUUAUCUUAGUUCUGCUAUUACAUUAGUAAAAUAAAUCGU